CUGACAGCAAAGAUUUUGAAUUUUGUUUUUAUUCGUGCCGCCAGUUAAAAAUUGAGCGUCUGAAUCUCGGUCUGAAUUAUCCACCAGGAUUUCUUUGUUAAUUAUUCUCGAUAUUUAGUAAAUCCUAGUCGAUUGUGAUCUAUCAAUUUGCAAGUUAAAGACUGAAGCAUCGUUUUGUGUUGGAAAGAUCUGGUGAAAGAGUUUAAAAAUGGCAAGAAAAGAAGCGGAUUUGAGGAUGCACCUGGAGAAAAUAAAACAUAUUCAGGACAGAGAUCUCCAGAAGGCGUCUGAGGACAUGGGGAAGCGCAUUAUCAACCAUCCGGGAUAUGGACUGAACUACAAGUGGACCACUGAGGACUUUGAUCUGGGAGCUCCGCUGGGACGUGGGAAAUUCGGGCGUGUUUAUCUUGCCCGGGAGCGCUAUUCCCAUGUCAUGGUGGCCAUGAAGGUGAUGUUCAAGUCGGAACUGAAGGCUGGUCGUGUGGAGCGUCAGGUGUUGCGGGAGAUUGAGAUUCAGUCACGUUUGAAUCAUCCUAAUAUUUUGAGGCUGUUCACCUGGUUCCAUGAUGACAGUAAGAUCUACCUGGUGCUGGAGUACGCAUCGGAAGGGGAGCUGUACAAACACCUCAAGAAUUCUCCUCAUGGAAGAUUCAAUGAACAGCGUUCGGCCAAGUACACCUAUCAAGUGGCAUCUGCUCUCCAGUACUGCCACAUGAAUGAUGUCAUCCACCGGGAUCUGAAGCCAGAGAAUAUUCUACUCACGGGAUCGGAUCAGGUGAAACUGGCAGAUUUUGGAUGGUCAGCUCAUACUCCUUCGCACAAGCGCAAGACAAUGUGCGGAACUUUGGAUUAUCUGCCUCCGGAAAUGGUCGAGGGACGUUCAUAUGAUGAUUCUGUGGAUCAGUGGUGCCUGGGUAUUCUAUGCUACGAGUUCCUCGUGGGAUUUCCGCCCUUUGAGUCUGACAACACUGAGAUGACGUAUGAGAAGAUCCGGAAGCUGCAUUUUACUUAUCCCCGUCACAUGAGCGUUGGAGCCAAAGAUCUCAUCUCCAAGCUACUUCAGAAGCCCAGUACUGAAAGGAUUUCACUGCUUCAGGUGAUGCGCCAUCCGUGGGUCCUGGAAAAUAUGGCAAAAAUAGCCACAAAGGAUUCUGGAACUGGACUAAAGUCCACCAAAAUGUAAUUCUCAUUCAAACUUUAUUCGACUAUUCGUUACAUUUUUCACAAUAAAUCCAUAUUGAACAAA